AUGGUGGAUCCUGAUCCCGAUGAGAAGAGUGACUCAUCCAACUCCUGGAGACCACUUGCUCCCAGGGCCAACGAAGACAUGUAUUAUAAUGCUGAGAGAUAUGUUCCAAUUGUGGAACUUGAGAAUCGCCAACAGCGCAAACAGUUGGUAGAAGCUACAAAAUGCAAAGAAGAGUUAGCCAGACUAGCUGCCAAAGAACAGGCACCUCCCCAAGACACUCAGGCCCCACCUCCUCAAGACACUCAGGUCCAACCUCGUAGGCCUAGGGGACGCCCUCGUAAGAAUGCGGCCACCAGGAGGGCAGAACAAGCUCCACCACCAACGACCCAUCCUGUCCCACCAAGACCCCGGAGGAGUAACCGGCCUGAGGGUGCUGCCGACCCGCCUGCAGAGGCACAAACGGUAAUGGGGAAUAAUCGAUCCCCCUUAGUGACUCGGACCCCAAAUCCUGGUGCCACGCAAAACGUCCCUGAACCUGAUCGGUCAAAUUCGGGACCAUCUAGGCCCCACAAUGGGAGGCAGCCACCUUCUCCAAUAAGGAACCCACCAUCUCCGAUAAGGCAUCCCUUGCUAGUUCAGUGGGCUCCACGACCUGUCCACCAAGAUAGGGAUAGGCAGGCUGGACGUAGACAUGGAAAUGAAGAGGCUACUCAAGAUUGUAGGAUUCCUCAACCUACGAGAAGCCAAAUGUCACGAUCACAAACUGUUGAGACAAGAAGGCCUGCAGGAAACCCAUCUCGUAAUAACCGAGCAACAAGUCAUGUCAGUGAAAGCUCGAAUUACACUAGGUCCGUGAGUAUAUAUAACCCAGAGCCAAGAAAUGAUGGGAAUUGA